AUGGUUGCGCUUGCUCUGGCUGCCUACAAUGACUGCGGCGCCGUGUAUGCUGACAUUUGGGCAAAGUUGCAGCCAUACAGAGACGGCAAUAAGUUUGUACAAGACGCUACUCGGGAAGAAAGGCGGGAAACGCAGCGUGUGACCAAACUUUUUGAAGAAGAGGGUCGCGAUAGCCGAGUGCCGAGCCCCAAGGCUGUGGUGAAGGAAAACAAAAAUAUUUUUUCUUGUUGUGUCAAGCAGCACCUUGACCGACACCAUCUCGAACUCUUUGCUGCGUGGGUUCCACAGGCAUUUUGGGUUGGUUGUUGGUGA